AUGGUGGUGGUGGGAUUAUGGUAUGAGCAGGCAUCUGUUAAGGACGAAGAACGCAGCCUGGUUAAGGGGGAGAAUUGCCAGAUUCUGGAAAACCCAGAAUAUCCUCUGCUGUCUAAAGAUGGAGAUGUGAUAAUUGGAGCUAUCUUUUCAAUGCAUGAUGGCACACAGAUGGAAUCACUGACAUAUACUGAAAAACCUCAACCCUUAAUCUGUAUUGGAUUUAACCUCAGUGAAUUCCGAUUUGCUCAGACCAUGAUUUUUGCAAUUGAUGAGAUCAACAGAAGCAACAGCUUGCUCCCAAAUAUAUCAAUUGGUUACAGAAUUUAUGACAAUUGUCUCUCAAGAUUGUUAUCUAUGAAGGCAGCCAUGGCUUUGAUAAAUGGUGUGGAAAUAAAAGCAGAUGGUGAUUGCUCUGGACAAGCAGUGGUACAAGUCAUAAUAGGGGAGUCAGAGUCUUCUCCUACUAUAGCACUUACAAGAACUACAGGUCCUUUUAAGAUUCCAGUGGUAAGUCAUGCUGCAACAUGUGAAUGUUUGAGCGGCAGAAAAGAAUACCCAUCUUUCUUCAGGACUAUAGCAAGUGACUACUACCAGAGUAGAGCGCUGGUAUAUUUGGUCAAGCAAUUUGGCUGGUCUUGGGUUGGGGCUGUGAACAGUGAUAAUGACUAUGGUAACAAUGGAAUGGCCAUUUUUCUGAAUGCAGCAAAAGAAGAGGGAAUAUGUGUUGAGUACUCUGAAAAGUUUGACCGGUCAGAUACUGCAAAAAUCAUAAAAGUGGCAGAUGUUAUUAGGAAAGGUACAGCCAAAGUAAUUGUCAUAUUUCUUGCCCAUUUUGACAUGAAAGUUCUAAUAAGCCAGUUAAGUUUAAAGAAUGUCACUGGCUACCAGUUGAUUGGUGUUGAAGGAUGGAUUACUGCUGUUAAUCUAAUUACACCAGAAAGUUACAACAUACUGCCUGGUUCCAUUGGUUUUGCUCUAGGAAAAUUGAAGAUUGGUGGUUUUGCUAACUAUGCUGCAAAUGAAUUUUGGCAUUCAGCAAUUCCAUGUUUGCAAACAGAGGAAAAUUUUACUCAAACUAAAAACAACUGUAGCAAAUACAAAGACAUUUUUCAAUUUCAAAAUUACAAUAAAGAUAUAUCAGAAUUAAGGUGUGGAAAUAACCUGUACAAUGCAGUUUAUGCUGUAGCACAUUCUCUACAUAGUCUUUUGAAAUGCAAAGAAAACCAGAGUUGUGAGAAGGAUAAAAUAAUUCAACCGUGGCAGGUUGUUGAGUCUUUGAAAAGGGUCAAUUUUACCUCCAAAUUAGGAGACCGUGUUUGGUUCGACAGCACUGGGGCAACCGCUGCAAAUUACGAUGUAGUAAACUGGCAGCGAGGACCUAGUGGGCAAGUGGAGUUUAAGGUUGUGGGCUAUUAUGAUGCCUCUUUGCCAAGUGGACAACAAUUUGUCUUAAAUCCUGAAAAUAUAGUCUGGGCUGGAGAGAAAAGAGAGAAGCCAAGGUCUGUGUGCAGUGAGAGCUGUCCUCCAGGCACCAGAAAAGCUGCACAGAAAGGAAGGCCUGUCUGCUGUUAUGACUGUAUACCAUGUGCAGAGGGAGCUAUCAGUAAUGAAACAGAUUCAAAUAAUUGUGAGCAGUGUCCAGGAGAAUUUUGGUCUAAUGCUGAAAGAGAUAAAUGUGUGUUAAAAGUCAUAGAGUUCCUUUCAUUUACAGAGGUUAUGGGAAUAGUGCUGGUAGUUUUUUCCUUAGUUGGAGCUGCAUUAACUGUGUUAGUAGCUAUUUUAUUUCUAAUAGAAAAAGACACUCCUAUUGUUAAGGCGAACAACUCCGAGCUGAGCUUCCUGCUGCUGUUCUCCCUGACUCUGUGUUUCCUCUGUUCAUUAACCUUUAUUGGACGGCCCUCUCAGUGGUCCUGUAUGCUGCGUCACACAGCGUUUGGGAUCACAUUUGUCCUCUGUAUCUCUUGUGUUUUAGGAAAAACAGUAGUUGUACUAAUGGCCUUCAGGGCUACACUUCCAGGCAGUAAUGUGAUGAAAUGGUUUGGGCCUCCACAGCAGAGACUCAGUGUACUUGUUUUUACUCUCAUACAGGUCCUUAUUUGUGUGCUUUGGUUAAUAGUUUCACCUCCUUUUCCUUACAAAAACAUGAAUUACUACAAGGAAAAAAUAAUAUUAGAAUGUAACUUGGGUUCAGCCAUAGGCUUCUGGGCAGUGUUGGGUUAUAUAGGUGUUCUGGCUUUCUUGUGCUUUGUUUUAGCUUUUUUAGCUAGAAAUCUUCCAGAUAAUUUUAAUGAAGCCAAAUUUAUCACAUUCAGCAUACUCAUAUUCUGUGCCGUGUGGAUCACCUUUAUUCCAGCUUAUGUCAGCUCUCCUGGAAAAUUUACUGUAGCUGUGGAGAUAUUCGCUAUUUUGGCAUCCAGUUUUGCUUUAUUAUUCUGUAUAUUUACACCUAAAUGUUAUAUUAUUCUUUUUAAACCUGAACUGAACACAAAGAAAAAUAUGAUGGUUAAAUUGGCAUCUAAAUCACUUUAA